GUAGUAAAAUCCGGAUUCUCGAUUCGCGAAAUCACGAUAUGCAAAGGGUGGAAAAACAUUUGAAUUUUUAGAUUGGAGAAAAAAGAACAAAGAUAAAAUGACAGCGGAUAUCGGAGUGGCAUUUGGUGUUGUGUAGUACCUGUGUGGAUGUCUACCAGGAAGAGGAAAUGAUCGAGUGCAGUUUGUGUACACUUGAAGUGGCGAAGACAUGGAAACUGUAAUUGACGCAAGCGCAAAACUGUGAGCUUGCGAGGCUCCAAAGCUCCUUUGCAAUCAAUACGGCAAUGGCCGACGUUGUUCGGCAGUCAGGGCUCGACCAUCGGCGAAAUACCACGUCAUUAAUUGCAGACCAGCGAUCCUGGCCCUCAAAAUUACUGAAAUAAAUAAAUAAUUGUCAGAUAUUUCGGGUGGCAUAUAAAAGCCCAUUUAAUCGACGCGGGUUGAUCCGUAUUCUUCUCUCAUAAUGAGGUGCCGAUAACUCCCCUAGACGUACAGACUCGAGACAAGUGAUUCUAUAUAUCGAAGAUAACUGACCGUGCGCAACAGUAGUGGGAAUUGACCCCGGCAUCGAAGAUUCGCACCUCCGGUUGAACUUAUAAAUUUUUGAGACGUCAUUUUGAGUCGGUAACAAGAGGAGGGUGCUGAUUCGAAAAUAGGGUGCAAAGUACCGAAGCGCUCCCGGAGCGUUUUACGAAUCAAAAUUAGUUCCGAGUCUGAUUUGCAAUCGGACAAGCGAGCAAGAAUUUUCGUCCGCCUCUGUAUCUCGAGAGAGGGUUGCGACAGAGAUAUAGUUUAAAUUAGGGCGUGCAGGGAAUAAAAUUUCAGAAAUAAAUUGCACAGGAUCGAUAAGUAACGAAAAAGAAAUAGAAAAUAAUUGUAUCGAGGUGGUGAAUUACAGAAGAAUUUGAGAAAGAAGGAGAAUAAUAGCAGUGAAAGAGAAGCGAAACACGUGCGGCAACAGCAGCAGCAGCAGCAGCGGUUACUCUGAGAAAUUUGUCGAGCGUAAAGUUUACCAAAAUCGGUAUUCUAAGUUUAUUGAAAACAACGAGGAUCCUCCAAAUAGUAUUUGGAGGUAGUCAAAAGUCGGACGCGAAUUUACAAAAACACGCUCAAAACGGCAACCCGGCGACCCGUUUCGAGGGCCCCGCCAUCCACCGCGCGAGACCGCGACCGACCUCGAAGUCCGGUUCCGCCUGCACUUCCUCUUUCAUUAAGGAAGGCCUUGCGCCCCGUAAAAUGGAGGAAAAAUCAUCCGCGCGAUUUUCAGAGUACCUCUUUGCUAAAAUGGGUGGGCAGGACGUAUUGGCCUCGCAGGGUCCCCGUAAGGUGACCGCAGACACCAGGAAGUGGAUACAGGAUAAUCUACUACUCCUAGUCACCCUCUCCGGGGUCCUCCUCGGCGUCAUUCUGGGAUUUGGAUUACGUCCUCUCGGCCUGGGGGAGAGCGCUGUGAUGCUCAUCAGUUAUCCUGGAGAACUUUUUAUGAGAUUGCUUAAGUUGAUGAUUCUUCCACUGGUGAUUGCCAGUUUGAUAUCAGGGUCGGCGAGUCUGAACGCUCGUAUGAACGGAAAAAUAGCAGUGAGAACUCUAGUGUAUUUCAUCUUGACUUCGCUUUUGAACGCGAUAUUGGGGGUGGCUCUUGUGCUCGUGAUUCAUCCCGGUGAUCCUGGCCUACGUGAUUCUUCGUUACCUUCAUCGCACGCAAGAGUUGUCAAUAUUAUGGACAGUUUGCUGGACUUGGGAAGAAACAUGUUUCCAGAUAAUCUGUUCCAAGCAGCCUUCCAACAGGCGCACACCGUUUACGUUCCGAAACGGCAGUCGAUUCUGAACGACUCGGUAAGCGUUCCAGCGGAGGACCUGCCGGAAGAGGAACUUACCAGGGUUGUCCAGUACCGAAGUGGGACCAACACUCUAGGCAUCGUAUUCUUCUGUUUAGUGUUUGGAACAUUUUUGGGAACCCUUGGUGAAAAGGGCAAAGUUGUGAUAGACUUUUUCAAGGCCGUCUUCGAGGUCAUCAUGCGGAUGGUUUCCAGCGUGAUGUGGUUGACGCCCCUCGGAAUAACGUCGGUGAUCGCCGGAAAAAUCCUUGGCGUUGAUGACCUUGGAUUGGUGAUGUCACAGCUGGCUUGGUUCAUCGUUACCGUCGUUGUCGGUGUCUUCUUCUACCAGCUGGUUAUCAUGCAGCUCAUCUACCUCGCCUUUGUUCGAAAGAAUCCCUUUAAGUUCUACGCGGGUCUCGCCCAGGGUACCCUCACCGCCUUCGCAAUGGCAUCAACGGCCGCCGCCCUUCCCGUCACUUUUCGCCUGAUGAACGAAAAGCUUCGUGUCGAUCCCAGGAUAACGAGAUUCGUCCUUCCCAUCGGAUGCAAUAUAAAUAUGGAUGGGACGGCGCUCUUCGUCGCCGUUGCCAGCAUCUUUAUUGCUCAAAUGAACGGAAUUCAGCUAGGAUUUGGCGAGAUCAUCACCGUAAUACUUACUUCAACAGCCGCUUCCGUGUCAUCGGCAUCCGUACCUAGCGCAGCACUCGUACUUCUUUUAGUAGUUCUUAGCGCAAUUGACGCUCCUGUUCAGGACGUUUCGCUCCUCUUCGCAAUUGAUUGGUUUGUCGAUCGUGUUCGCACUACAAACAACAUGUUGGGCGAUUGUUACGCAGCAGCAGUCGUGGAACAGUUAUCAAAAAAGGAGCUCAUGGCGGUCGACGCUGCUGCGUACCAGUCCGACACUGUCCUACCAACGACGAUUGCGAACGGUUGCAUUUCGGCGAGUAGAGUACCGGAUCCAGACACGGUGAUAGUGGAGAUGCAAGACGAGUCGAAGAUAAACGGCAUCGCCAAUGGUUCGGCAGCGAGAGUAAGAAGAACGAUCAGCGAGGAGGCCGUUUGACGAAAUUGUUCCAGAUGUAUUUGUACCUAUAGAUUAUAUGUUUAGUCGGUUUUGAAGUAUACGAUAGCACUUUUAUUAAAAACGCUAUCACUUGUUCACGGGCUGGAAGGGUAUACGUUAUACAAUAAUUCUUGGUACGAGUGAUUGUUUUUUGUAUGAAAUUUAGUCUCCUCACAGGCGACAGCUAAGCAAAGCCAGGUAGAGCAAAAAUGUUUGAUGUUAAGUAAGUUCGUAUGUAUAAUAGACCUAGAAUCUUUGCUACGAGUAAAACUAUAAUUGUAUUCAA